AUGUCAGACGAGUUUAUUAUAGAAGAUUCAAUUAAAAUAAUUAAAAGUGAUGAAACUUUUUAUAAUCCAGCACAGGAGAUUAACAGAAAUUUAACAAAGCUUGUAUUAAAGACUUACUUUAAAUCAGUUAAAGAACCAAUCAUUUUUUUAGUAAUGGAAGCAUCUGGUUUGAGAGGAAUUUUAUUACAUAAAGAAUUAAACGAUGCUAAAAUUUGCAUUAAUGAUAUUUUACCCGAAGCUGUUGAAAUGAUUAAAUGUAAUUUAAAACUAAAUGACAUCAAAGAAUAUAAAUUUGUAGAAAAUAAGUUUAAUUUUGAUGAAAAUAGAAUUUAUAUUUCACAACAAGAUUGUGUGUCAUUAAUGUUUAAUAAUUCUAGGUGUUUUAAUGCUAUUGACAUUGAUCCUUUUGGAAGUUCAAAUGUUUUUAUUGCUGCUGCAAUAAAUGCCGUUAAGAAUGGCGGGUUACUUUGUUUUACUUGCACUGAUAGGGGAUCAUUACAUACUUUUGUGGGUAAGUGUUUUGUUAAAUAUGAUACAAAAAUUAAGUGUAAUUUUGAUGAGUCUGAAAUGGAGUUAAGAGUGUUGUUAAGUUAUAUAUCGAGAACAGCUGCUAAAUAUGAUUGUUCAAUAGAACCUUUGAUUAGUUUAGAUGUUGAUUAUUACCUGAGAGUGUUUGUUAAAGUAAAACGAGGAAGUGGUAAUAAUUCUAAAAAACAAAAUUCUUUUUUCUAUUUUUGUAACUCUAAAAACAGAAAAGAAAGCAACACAAAGAACAAUUUAUGUGAAGUUUGUGGAGAACAAAUGGAUUUUUAUGGUCCAUUUUGGAACAAAAAUCUACAAAAUAGUGAAUUUAUUUCAAGUGUUUUAAAUGAGUUAACUGAGACAGGAGAAAAUAAAAGGUUAAUAGGAAUGUUAAAAUGUAUGAAACAAGAAAUAAGGAUUCCAUUUACAUAUAAUUUACAUGAUUUUGGCAAAGUAUUUAAGUUUGAAGGUAUCAAAUUAAAAAAACUGAUGUCAGUACUUUAUAAUAGUGAAUAUCAAGUUUCUUUAGUUCAUCAUUCAGCUAAUUCUUUUAAAACAAAUGCACCAUAUAAAAUAAUAAUUGAUAUUUGUAGAGCAAUCAUUAAUAAAGACUCAUCAAAGUAUAAUUUAAAUAAAAACGAAGAAAUAGAAAAUUUAUUUAAAGUAAAUUAUUACAGAGGGCUCUUUAAAUCAAACAUUGGGCCGGGUAAAAUUUUAAACAAAUAA